GAAAAAACGGAAAAAAAUCGCAACAACGGAGACGUGUGUGAAUGCUAAUAAAAAUUAAUUUAUUUUGUGUGUGGCAAAUUAUUGCAAAAAAAAAGAAACGAAGGCACGAGAAGAGUAUAUUUGCAAUUUCUCCCCCUCUCAUCUAGGCUAGAGGAAGCAGAAUAGAGUGUAAUAAGGCCAAAAUAAAUGAGAAAUUAAAAAAAAAAAAUAAAAACACAACACGAGUUAUUGGUGUCAGUGUGAAAAUUGUUUAUAUUACAGCAAAUAGUUGAAAUAGAGUAAUUCGAAUCGUUUGUGCAAACGUUUUGGCAUAAGUUGAGUUUAGGGGCUGUGCUCGGAUUGACUUGAAAUUUAUACUACAGUCUCUUUGGGUUCUUUUUUGUACGGCGCACAAAUUAGUUGCAGUUGAAUCAACAAAUCAAAAUAGUGGCUCCAAAGUCCAAUAAAUCUAUUAAAAAUAAUCAUUGUCAAAAUUAAAGGUCUCCAAUGAGCCAUCUUUUGGAGAAGCCAAAUAUUGCGAUGCCCAUUAAGACUACUAGUGGUCAACUAUCGACAACAGCAGCCGCCGCCGUAACAGUUACCACCAAUGCCAAUUUAAAUGCCACCAAUACAGCCGCCGCAACAGCCACAACAACAACAGCAACACCGAACACCACCUCCAAAAUAAAUGAAAAUGCCGCCACUCAGACAAAAGAUGUUAAGGCUAGUACAAAUUUCGAUGCCGUCAUAAUGAGUUUAACGGCUGGUGCAGCAGCUGGAGCCUUGGCCAAAACAGUUAUUGCUCCGCUGGAUAGGACGAAAAUCAAUUUUCAAAUAAAUAAAUCUGUACGCUAUUCCUUAAACGGUGCCAUUUUAUUCCUCAAACAAACCUAUGCCAAAGAAGGGGUGUUGGCAUUAUGGCGCGGCAACUCCGCUACCAUGGCUCGCAUUGUGCCUUAUGCUGCCAUACAGUUUACCGCUCACGAACAGUGGCGGAAAAUACUUUCCGUCGACAAAGAUGGCACAGAUACCAAAGCAAGACGAUUUAUUGCCGGCUCUCUGGCAGGUAUUACAUCACAGUCCUUGACCUAUCCUUUGGAUUUGGCCAGAGCCCGCAUGGCUGUCACAGACAAAUACACAGGCUACAAAACAUUACGUCAAGUAUUUGUUAAAAUAUGGAUAGAGGAAGGACCCCGCACCCUGUACAGAGGCUAUUGGGCAACUGUUCUGGGUGUUAUUCCCUAUGCGGGCACAUCAUUUUUCACCUACGAAACAUUGAAACGUGAAUACACGGAAAUGACUGGUAAUAGUAAACUAAAUACUCUGACAUCACUGGCAUUUGGUGCAGCAGCUGGUGCUGUUGGCCAAACCUCAAGCUAUCCAUUGGAUAUUGUGCGAAGACGUAUGCAAACAAUGGGCGUAACCAAAGAUGGGCACAACAAAUAUCCCAGUAUAUUUGUGACGCUAAAGACAAUUUAUAGGGAGGAAGGUAUUAAAAAUGGCUUCUAUAAAGGCUUAAGUAUGAACUGGAUAAAAGGACCCAUUGCGGUGGGCAUUAGUUUUUCGACAUAUGAUUUUAUUAAAGAAUUGCUGCGCGAUUUAUUUCAUCUGAAGAGGGGACGGGAGGGUGGCAAUUCACAUCAUAAUUAAUUUUGCAAAACCACACCGCCGCCACUAUGUACGUCCGCCAUAAAGUUUUUAUUUGCCUAGCAGAGCUAUCAAGAAAGCCCAAAUCUAUUAUUAUUAUUAUUAUUGUAAUUUUUCAUUGUUGAUUUAUUAGUUUUUAAGCCACAAAAAUUACAAACAAUUACCUAAGUUAAACAAUUAAUUACAAAUCGAAGAGACUUUGAAAGUUUCCUUUUUUGUAUACUAGUUCUGUUUUGUUUUAGUCAAUUAAAUCUGUGAACCUUUUCUUCCUCUUUACAUUAUUUGGUCAUCUAAUUGAAAUGUUUACAAAAUAUUUUAGUUAGAUAAAUAAUAUUUUAUAGGCUUUUGUUUCACAUCUUUUGUCUCCUUAAAUUUUCUCUAAGAAAAAAUUCUUUCUUUUUUUAAUCUUUUUGUAAAUAUUGUUUUCAUUUUUGUUCCAAAAAUAUCCAGGUUUUUUGUUUAUACCCCUCCAAAAAAUUGUCAUUUUAUAGUUUAAUUUUAAAGUCAAAGAUGGGAGGUUUUAAGAAAGAAAGAUAAACAAUUAAAAAGUUUUUUUUUCUGUUUUCCAAAUAACUUUCCACGACUGACCCAUUGAAUGUUUUUUCAAAUACUCCUUUUCCAGUUCAUCACCCACCCACCCGCUUUUACACACAUUGAAUACCAUUUUUCACGGCCACACGCGCACAAUGUGAGACAAUAAUAUUUCAAAUUGAAUAUCCUUUUUUUGUAUUUCUGUAAAAAGCAAAUUUACACCAAAAAAGAAAACAAAAAUAAAAAACGAGAAAAAAAUGAACUUAUCCAAAAGAAAAAAACCAUGUGAAAGAUAUUGUUUUAGAUUUUUUGUCAUGAAUUUACACAUGCAUAUAUAUAUAACAAAAAAAAUUAUAUUAAAAAUAUACAUAGAUCUACAUGAUAUUUCGAAAUUCUGAGAAUUUAUGCUAAUUUAUCAAAUAAACAAAAUAUAUGGCAAACCAAAAUUAAUGAUUAGAUUACAAAAUUAAUUGUUUUUCGACUUUCACAAGAGCCACAACAACUACUACAACCACAAACAAAAACAACUACUACUACUUCUACAUAACCUAUAUUUCGAAAAAAAAGAAGUGAAUAAUAUUGUCUAUUAUAUAAUUGUGAUUGAUAAAAAAAUAUGAUUUUUUUUAAAUAUUACUAUGUAACUGUGUAUGAUAUAAUUAUAUAUCUAUAAAAAAACAAAAA